UGGGAAGUUGUUUUGGAGUGAUACGUCAAAGGUCUCGCCUGUCCUCCAGGAAUGCAUCCAGAUCCAGCACCAAACGAGGAGAAAUCCAAUUAAGAUUGGGACAUCUUAGAUAAGACAUAUAUUUGUGGAAUUGCUUGGGUGCACCGUCCUGCUCGGACAAUCCCGGGAUUUACCAUUUAUUUUUGACUCUCUGUCCUGGUCUGAAAUAGAGCCGACUGGAUUAAGUUUGUUGUGAAAAGUCACUCAUACACCUAAAUCCAAGCCAGAGAUUGUAAAAGCAAGGACUAUGUAAGCUAUCUUGGUGACCGACUCUGAUUUAUAUUUGUACAGUCGGUGUUAUUUUUAGUUUCAGAAAACAGGUGAUGGGCGUGUACGGUGUGCAAGAUACUGGAUUUACUUGCUGGGUGUCAAGAGUUUUGCUGUGAGUGACGUCUUUGCACUGUGCAUGUGGUGUUGAUUAUCCCUCAAACCCCUGCAUGAAGUCAUAGGAGCGACUGUCCAGUCAAUUUUCACCGAUUAAAGGAAUAAGUGAGCGGUCAGACCAUGGGAGUUGCAAACUCGAGAGACUAUCAACCAACAAUAACAGUUGUGCUCAAAAGACGCAAUGAGCCCCUGAAAAAAGACAAGCCCAAGUGGAAAAGUGACUAUCCUAUGACGGAGGGCCAGCUGCGAAGUAAAAGAGAUGAAUUUUGGGACACGGCUCCAGCUUUUGACGGCCGUAAAGAGAUCUGGGACGCGCUGAAAGCUGCAGCGCUAGCGAUUGACUGUAACGACCAUGCACUAGCGCAGGCUAUUGUAGAUGGAGCCAGCAUCUCACUGCCUCAUGGAUCUCUUAUGGAAUGCUAUGAUGAACUGGGCAACCGCUAUCAGCUCCCUGCGUACUGCUUGGCUCCUCCAGUCAACCUGGUCUCCGAGUGCAACGAUCAUAAUGUGUCUGAACACACUGAGCCACAGGAGAAGAAAGAGAAGGAGUUUCAGCUGAAGGUGCGUCUCUCCACCGGAAAAGAUCUUCGCAUCAGCGCCACAAUGGCCGAUUCCAUCCGUCAGCUGAAGAAACAGCUUCAGAUUCAGGAAGACAUUAAUACAACCAAUCAGCGCUGGUUUUUCUCUGGAAAGCUCCUCACGGAUAAAACACGUUUACAGGACACCAAGAUCCAGAAGGACUUUGUAAUACAGGUCAUUGUUAAUCAGCCCAUUGUUCCCAACUAGAAAGCUCAUAUAACUGUAAAGCAGGACUUACAGCAUAUGUUUCCAUAUAGCUCACUUGAUCAGGUCGGAGUUUAUUUUUCCAAAUGUGAUGCACAAACAUUUCUUAUAGAAACUUUGUAAAAUUGCAGCAUGCUAAAGUUUGUUGUACGAAAUUACAGUAGAUACCUCGCCUUCUUGGUUUUAAUAUCCAUAUGUGUGGAUAUUCAUUUCCAUAUUCUAUAGGGUAUCAUUUGCCUUGAUCUAUGAUACAGUCUGCUGUCUUUUGCUGAGAAGGCAUAGACAGUUUUCAAGAGGGUGAAUUUACAGUGCAAGGAUUUUUCAAUCUUAUUAAGACACUAUUUAAAUGGUUAUUUCAUCAUGAUGCCAUUUUUUCAAUCAUGGAUUGGUCGGAGGCUUAUUAAUCUUUCUGUUACAUUUGUGUAAUCCAAGAAAAGAGAUACUUGGUACUGUGUCAGAUUUUGCUUUACCAGUCAUGAAAUUUGUGUUUAUAUUCCAAAGCAAUUUGUAUACAUUUGUUUGUAGCUAUGUUUUUAUAGAGGUUUGUAAUUUAUUUUAGCACAGACAGUUUCAUUUUAUUAUUUCUAAUGUAAAUUAAUUUUAAAUGAAUAAAAUGACAAGGUUAGUUUAUUGUUGCUGAAACAAAGCAGAUUUUAAAAAUUCUAAAUUGUACAAUUAUUUCAUAAUGUAAUAUUAUAUUGUUUCAUUUAGAAACAGAAUUGUAGCUAAUUGUGUGUCUGGGGAAAAAAACAAUCUAACAAGUUUUUACUAAAUUAUGAUUUUUAUACUAUGUCAAAACCAUAGGGUCAAAACUCAUUUUUGAUUUUUUUUAUUGAAUCUUCUAUUGGCUUUUGUGGCAAGAUGUCAGUCACUACUGAGGAUUUAUUGUCAGAUUUUUUUCUCGAAUAUGAGUGGAAUUAAAUAGCAAUUUCAGAACACG